CUGGCAAUACUGCUGGAAAAUCUGUCCCACAACAAAGCUACGGACGAGUGUAGUAUUGAGAGCUCUUAUAAUAAAAAACAUGAUAAUUACCAUACUUCCUGGAUAUUAAACUCAGCAAAAACUACCAAUAAGAAGAGUGUUAACCAGGGUAAAUAAAUAUACAAGAGAAGAAAAAAAAACCCAUCAUGUCCUCGUCUCUCGAACAACUGGAAAACCAACUCGAGACUUUUAUUGAAAAUGUCCGUCAGAUUGGUAUUUUAGUUAGUGAUUUUCAACCUCAGGGACAACAAGUACUUAACCAGAAGUUACAGAACAUGAUAACAAACAUGCAAGAUAUAGACAAACUGCGCUCCGCUGUCCAGGACGUACACGUGCCUCUGGAGGUGUUUGAAUACAUCGACGGAGGAAGGAACCCUCAGCUUUACACUAAGGACUGCAUGGAGAAAGCCCUUACCAAAAAUGAACAGGUUAAUGGAAGGAUCGACUCAUACAAGAGGUUUAAGGCGAUGCUCCUGGUUGAACUGUCUCACGUGUUCCCCAAUGAGAUGACACGUUAUCGUGCAGUCAGAGAAGAACUGAGCUGAAGCAGAAACACAGAAAUCCGUUGAGGCCCCCCUCCCCUCCUCCUGGGAUUAUACCGAGACUAACUUAACCUAACCUACACUAACCCAACCUAAACUAAAUAUGACCUAACCUAAACCAAACCUGACCUAACCUAACUAGUGAUGUACUGGAUACCAAUAUUUUGGCCUAUACCGAUACUGUACUUAGAAAUGGCCGAUGCUGAUACUACCAAAAUGCACAUUUCUAAUAACAUUGAUUAAUACCGAAUACCGUUACACUAUUUUAUAUGAUACACAAACUAUAACAAUAUAACAUUUAAUUUGAUGCAAUAUAAGUACAGUACAGUACAGUACAGUAUAUAACAAAUAUACCUGUACUGUAUUCAGUAAUUUAAUUUAUUUAAAUAUUUGUAAAGCACAUUUAACACUACCAGUUUCAAAAGCAUAAAACAAAACCCUUAGAUGCUGGGACUAUAUUCCAACAAUCCCGUGAUAUUAUUGUUUUAUUUUAGGAGUGGGUUUGACCUAAAGAAGGUUCCUCUUAACCCAUAGUCUGGAAACUCACUUAACUCAGUCCAUUGUGUGUGACAGGUUUUUACCAGGAAUAUAUACAGUAUAAUUAUAACAAAGUAUCGGUAAACCGGCUGAAAUUCCUUCGAUACCAGUACUCCAAAAAUAGGCUGACACCACCGAUAUUGAUACAUCCGUACAUCUCGAAACCUAUCCUAUCCUAUCCAAACCUAACCUGUCCUAACUGGGAAUAGUCUCUACCAAACUAAUGGUAUUCGGAAUAGGUUCACCAUUAUUAAUCAACCCAUUGUUCAGUUAAGAGUGUGUGUGUCUAGGUGGCUAAAGAGCUUAUAGUAGUAGUAAAUACCAAAGGAGUGAUGUCAGUGGAACAGGGUUGGACCUGCCUUUGUUGGGGUUGAUGUUCUUUUGUUUUUUGAAGUUAUAUGUUUAAAAGUGAAAAAAAUGUGUAUUUUAUUUCUUGCAAUAUAGUUUAA